ACUUGAAGAUACAUCUCAAUAAGUUAUUAAAGAUAUUUCAAGUAUUUUUCGUCGAAAAUUAAGUUUGAAAAAACGAUGUACGAAGCAAUAAAUGUAUUAAUUCUCUUUUUGGUUACUAGCACCAACGCUGCCAGCGUCGAAAAAAACUGCGUCAUUAGUGAGUUUUCGUUAGUAGAUGAUGUUAUUAAAAAUUGUACAGAUAUAAAAAUUUCCAAUCUACACGUACCGGCCAACCAAGGGCUAAAUCUCAAUUUGAAAAAUGGAACGAACCUCGUAUUCGAAGGACGAACUUAUUUCGAUUAUUACGAAUGGCAAGGUCCUUUGAUCACCAUAAAAGGACACGAUCUAACUAUAACAGGAGAAAAAGGAUCUGUUUUGGACGGUCAGGGAGAAUUAUAUUGGGACACUUUUGGUGGCAACGGAGGUAUCGCUAAACCAAAAUUUAUGAGAUUGGAAGUGACCGAAUCUAUCGCUGAACGUAUUAAUAUCAAAAAUUGUCCUGUCCAUUGCAUUUCCGUUAAAUCUAAUGAUCUAAUUAUAAAUGAAUGGACCAUAGAUGUAUCCGAAGGAGACAAAAAAAAUUUCACCGGCCACAACACCGACGGUUUCGAUUUAAGUGGCACCAACUUAGUCAUCAAAAACAGCACGGUGCUAAAUCAGGACGAUUGUGUGGUCGUUAACGUCGGCGCGAAUAUUCUCAUCAGUAACAUGGUAUGUAGCGGUGGUCAUGGUUUGAGCAUCUCCGUAGGCUUCAGCAACGAUUUCAGUGCGAAUUCAGUUUCUAAUAUCACAUUCGAAAAUUGUUUAGUGAGUAAUUCUCCUAACGGUAUACACGUCAAAACGCAUUCCGAUAGUGGACCGGGACUUGUCCACAAUAUCACUUAUAGGAAUAUUGAAUUGAAAAAUAUCCACAAUUUUGGCAUCAACAUUCAACAAGAUUACGAGAAUGGUGAAGCUACCGGAAAUCCGGGAUCUAAUAUUCCAAUUGUUGAUUUAACUCUCGAAAAUAUUCACGGAAAUAUGCAAAGUUAUAAUAAUUCCCCGACGUUGGAAGCUUUGAUUCUAUGCGGCGAAGGAGCUUGUACUAAUUGGCAAUUUAGCGAUAUAAAUAUUACAGGAGCUAAAAACGGCAGUUACUGUAAUUAUCAACCGGAAGGAUAUAUUUGUCCCGAUAAUUCAAAAAAAAUAUUUAUUUGAAUACAAAUUUCAUUAUAAUAAAUAUAUUACGUUGCAUGAUAUAAAA